AUGAGUGACUGCUGCACUUCUUGGGAUGGUGUGAAGUGUGAUCCAAACACCGGCCAUGUGAUUGAACUUGAUGUGAGCAGCAGCUAUCUGCACGGUUCUAUCAACUCUGAUAGCACCCUUUUCAGCCAUGUUAACCUUGAGAAGCUUAAUCUUGCUGAAAAUGAUUUCAGUUACUCUUCAAUUCCCAAAGCUUUCAGUAAGCUUUCAAGGCUGAGUUAUCUCAACCUUUCCCUUUGUAGAUUUUCUGAUCUAAUCCCCAAUGAAAUUUUGGGACUCUCCAGAUUGACUACUCUUGAUUUGUCUGUCAAUAUUGAUGUGUCAUCUGAACAGAAGUUGCUGCAACUCAAAAAUCCGGAUUUGAAAAGCCUAAUCCUGAACUUAAAAAGGCUUGAAGUACUUGAUCUCAGUUUUGUUGACAUAUCCUCCACAGUGCCUGAUAUGUUGGCAGACUUGUCUACUUUGAGAGAGCUGUCGCUAAGAAGCUGUGGAUUGAAGGGUGUGUUUCCCACGAGAAUUUUUCAACUUCCUAAUCUGCAAUUUCUGAGCCUGUCGGAUAACAUAGACCUCUAUGGUUCAUUGCCUCCACUUCAGCGGAGUUCUCUUAAGUUGUUUAGCAACAAUAAUUUCAAUGGCACUGUGAAUUUUGAUAUGUUUCUUGGCCUUAAAAAUCUGAGCCAGCUUGAUCUAUCAAACAACAAUCUUUCUGGUGUCACUGAACCAAGUGAAAAGUUUGAAGUGGUUGAGUCUUCAAGGAAACCAAAUUGGUGGUCUAAUACCCAAAUGGAUAUGGACCGUGAGCGUGGAAACUUUGAAGGUCUUGAAUCUUGCGAACAACUUCUUGAUAGGCUUUGA